GCAACAGCUUACAUUAAUGCGCUUCAAUUAUUUGAUAAUAGGAUUUUAAAUGUAUUCGAGCGUUAUAAAUCAUAAUGCGUGGUUUGUAGUAUACAUACAAAAGGGGCAUUAUACAUCGUAAUAACAGUUUAACCGUUUUUACCAAUAUGGAAAUUGAUGACUAGGUUCGCGGGUGAAAAUCGAUUGUGAUGCAUUGUUCAAAUACUUAAUAUAAAUAUAAAAUAAAAUUCCAAAUAUUUUCAGCUUUAGAUUGAGAAAGUGCAGUUAACCAGUGGUUCAAGGUGUAAGUUUUAUUUCAUUAACUGAACUAGAGCUACGUCACGAGCGCCCGGAUGGACCACGUGAUGUUGUGACGUUUCGUUGGAUCUGCGUCUCCUACCCUGGUGCAGGGGGUACCAACAUGGCGUCGAUGCAGAAAAGGCUACAGAAGGAACUAUUAGCACUGCAGAAUGACCCCCCCCCUGGAAUGACCUUGAAUGAAAAGAGCGUACAAAAUACCAUAACGCAGUGGAUAGUAGAUAUGGAAGGAGCCACAGGUACGCUGUAUGAAGGAGAGAAAUUUCAGCUGCUCUUUAAAUUCAGCGGUCGUUAUCCGUUCGACUCGCCUCAGGUCAUGUUCACCGGAGAGAAUAUACCUGUUCAUCCUCAUGUAUAUAGCAACGGUCACAUCUGUCUGUCCAUUUUAACAGAGGACUGGUCACCCGCACUUUCAGUGCAGUCUGUUUGUCUUAGCAUUAUCAGCAUGCUGUCCAGCUGCAAAGAAAAGAGACGACCGCCUGAUAACUCCUUUUAUGUAAGAACAUGUAACAAGAAUCCAAAGAAAACAAAAUGGUGGUAUCACGAUGAUACUUGCUAAUGUUCAACUUUUUCAUACUCCUAGAAGAAAAUGACCUACUGAGUACAUAAGCACUUUUUAAUCAUUCAGUCUUUGAACUUUAACCUUUGACUGGGACAACUGACUUCCUGGACUGCAUUUCCCAGAGGGCUUUUGGAUGCAUGUUUUAGCCGGUUGUUAAAGAAAAUGCAGGAACUUAUGAUACAGACGACACGGAUUGUUUUGACAUGCGGUAGUUAUGCAGCAAAUCAGGAGGUUUUGUAGUGAGAAAAUUCCUAUUUUAUUUCUUUUCUUUUCUUUUUUUUGUUAUUCUCUUUUUUUGGACUAGUCCUUUCCAGGUGGUCAUGUGUUGUGCAAUAACAUUGAUUCAUGCAUGCUUGGGCUGACAAAAUCGAAGCCUGAUACAAUCCAAAUCGGAUCAAUUUAAUUGUAAGGGACUGAACGUCUCAAAGGCAAAGAUGAGUCUGUUCACUGAAACUAUUAUGCACUGUGAAAUCUUUGACAGAAGUAAAACAUUGGAUUGUAACACCUAGUUCUGCUGUAAUCUUCACCAUACUUUAUAUUCAGGAAAAAGGUUUUCCCCCUACUUUGACUUCUUGAAAAUGCUUGAGUUUAGGAAAGUACUGAUAUAUAUAUUAACUUCCAAGUACUGAGCUGCUUUUGAUAAGCUGUUUUCGAUUGGUCGAAUUUACUGGUUGGGGAAUGGUCUUGCACAGGGUAAAGCCAGGAAUGUUAUUAGUGAUUACAGGUUUUGGUGUACCAGUCAUCAGACUCCACACAAAUCUGUUUAAUCCAGGAGUGGUUACCGGCCUUUCUCAUUGAAGAACACAAUUGACCACCUUUUGUGUUGCAAGAGUGCAGAAAAAAAAAAAAAAGAAUUGUGUUGUGUUUUCAUUUUUGUUUGAUUAUCUUCACAUCUGGAUUAUGCUUUAAUUUAAAAUUGUUGUUGAUUUGAAAAGUAGUCUUUGUUUUUGUAAAAAAAAAAAAGAAAAAAAAAAAAAGGAAAAACAGAAAAAAAUUAUAUAAAGGGGAGUUUUGGGGUGGGUCAAGGGUAGAAUGUUUUUGUCUUAUUUUACUUUGCAUUCACUCUUAUCGGCACCAUGCAUUCUGGGUAAAAUUAUUAUUAAUGUUUGAGUAAUUUUGAGAAAUCUUUUUCCAGGUCACAGGAUGAGAGUGAGUUCUCUCUCCUGGCCGUAUUUAUCAGGCUCAGGUACUUUUUCUGUAAGGAAUCACCAUGAAGUUUCCAAACCGAUGUUUUUUCGUUUCAGUGAUAUUUGUACCAAAAAAAACAAACAAAAAACAAAAAAAACAAAAAAACAUACUGUUACAUUGUAAAAGAUCAUGGUCUGAAGAAAGUAUUGUAUAAUAUUGUUUUGUUAAACAGUACAUGCAAGUUAGCAAAAAUGUGCAAGAAAAGCAAUCCUCAACAAAUUGAAUCUGUCCAUGUAUAACCUGCAUUAGCCAGGUACUGGCUGUCAGUACCUUGAUUGUCAGACAUCCAUGCAUAACGGGAGCUGAGCUGGAAGAAACUUUCUUUUCUUCUUCUUUUUUUUUUUUUUUUUAUCUCCUGUUUCAGCUGUUGUGUGCUAUUGCUUAGGAGGGUUUGGCUCUGCACUUUUAUUUUAUUUAUUUUAUUUUUUGCCAAUUAGGACCUGUAUAGCAUUUCUAUUAAAAACAUGAUAUGGUAACAGUUA